CCCAACAAAGCCUCAGUGAGCGAUGGACGCCAUGGCUUCGUGCCUGCCUAUGCGCUUACCAUUUCUCUCCUCUUUCUCGCGACCAAGACCUCGCUGCCACCGAGCUCCUCCCUCCUUUCCGGCAUUCAAAUCCAAGCGCCCACUAUGCCGAGCGUUGCAUUCGAAUGAGGAGGAAUUCGUCAUCGGUGAGGAUGACCAAGCUGCUUCGCUUCCCAAAGAGUUUUAUGAUGAUGAAUGGCAAGCUCGACAAAGAAAGAAGACUGCUGAAUGGCACGCCUAUCGUCGAAAGGAAGAAGAAAAAGAGCGAAUGAAGGAUGAUGAAUAUCGUGAAAUUGGCUCACGCCUUAAGGGGUACCCUGAGGAAGAAGUUCACAAAGCAAGAAGGCUUGUCUCUAGCUUUAUCAGGUCUGCUGAAGAAGUUGAACAGAAAAUUGAGGAGGCUGCUGAGAAAGGUGAACUUACGGAACUUGUUCUAAUGGUUAUAUGGAACAGGCUUGAUCUUGCUCGAAGAGAUGAUGAAAAGGAUGUCAUUAGAAGCUUGGACCUUUUAUAUAGGAGGAUAGAGACGGAAAUUUUGAAGAGGGAAUCUACACCUGCAAUGAGAUUGCUAAAUGAUCUCUUAAACCUCCAUGACGGGUUUGAUGAUGAUUCAUGGUUGAAGAAAUGUAGAAAAUGCAUGGUUGACACCUUUCCUUAUGAGGAUCCAUUCAGUAUGCUCGUUCCAUCUGGGUUCGAUGUUGCUGAGCAUCAAGGCCGCAUCGGUCUUCCACCUGAGGAUGACGAUGUGAUAUUACGAGCCGAUUUUAUUAGAGAAGUUGAUGAACUACUGCAAGAAGUUCGAGCUGAACAGAACAUUGUCCAGCUCCCAGACGGGUUUGACGCGGAAGCAGUUGCAAUGAGAUUGAAACAACAGGAAAAACAACGAACAAUUAGCCAGGUAGAAGCUCUACUAGAAUUAGCCGUUACAUUAAAAUGGUAAAGCAUUUAAUUAAUUUAGAACACUAUUGUUGCACUUGCUUGCAAUAACAUUGCCUUCAAGCACAUGUAUAUUUAUUAAACAUGGAUAGAAAUAUGUCCAAGAAGUGCCCUUGUUCCAGUAAUGCCACGCAGAAAAAUCAUAUGAGAAAGAUAUUUAUUGUAGUCUUUGUAGAAAUGCAAUGAUACAUGUUUAAUA